UCAGCCGCGUAGAUGCAAGUGGCGUCAAUUCAGUCGGCUAGUGGCCAAUACACGAAGCAAUCCACAAAAGAAUAUAGUUGCGAUAAUCAAACAACAACAAGCAGAUCGACAGUAUGUUUGAAAUGGUGGCAUAGAAAAGUCAGAAAAUUAUUAUUCGGUGAACGAAUAAAGAAUUGCAACCAAAAAAGAAAUUCGAAAAUUCGACAAUUUGUUUCUUUUUGUGUGUAAACCGAAAGAAGAAUAUACGAAUACCAAUAGUUUUUGUGGUAGACGGAAGGAAAUAACAUAAAAGAACGAUUUUAUUUUUCAUUUCUGUACAUUUUGAAUAUUUUUUCAAGACUAAAAAAAAGAGCGACGAAAUACCGUGAAACUUUUCCUUGAUUUGUGUGAGUCGCGCGUUUUUGCACUUAAACUGUAAAUGAGCUCUAUGCAUUUUUGGUGUCCUUUCACAAAGACUUUCUGAUCUGGAUUCGGUGACAUUUUAAAUGGCAACCCAAUUCGAAAUAGCAACACAAAAUCUCGUCUUUUCUUUUUAACAAAAAAAAAGAAAAUUAAAUGCAAAUAAAUCAAACGUAAACUAACUGUGAUAAAUGAAAAAUAGAAAAUAGUACAGUAUCGAAAUACGAAAAAAAGGAGAGAAGUUAAAAUCUAGUGCAUUUUUUUUUUAAACGAAAAGAGAAUUCGGACUAAAAGAUAUAGAAAGGAAAGAAAGCUGCAUAAAUUGAAUAAUUUUUGUUUCGCUUUUUAUUCGGACCGGAAUUGUUGUUGCAACAUUUGAAUAUUCACAUCGAGAAUCAGACAGCUAAAUAGCAUAUGAAUCACAACGACUCAUGUGUUAUCAGAGACAUUGAAUCGAGUAUUUGGCGUGUAUGUGUAAAUUAAAAUCAAUGAAAAGAUUUUUUUAUGGUUUUGGGCAAAUUAAGAGUAGUUUUUAAUCGAAACGACGACGAUAAAGCAAUAUAAAAUAUUUUUUAUUCCCGAACUGCACACGCAUACACACACACAAACACAUACACACACCGUCAUACAAACAGCGUACACAGCAACAAGCGAACACCAAAACAUAGACAAAUCUUGUGUGAACGGUGUACGACAUCAGAGGUGAACGCGGCUGAAAACGACUUACAACGACGACCUACAAAAACCAAGCAAAACGAACAGAGAGCGUGAAAAAACAACAACAAACACACAGACACACAAACACCACAUACUUUUUUCUAGACUUUUUCUUCCACUUCUUCUUCUUCAUCGUUAACCAUUUCAUUUGGAAAGAAGUUGAUUGCUGAUUUUCGAGUUUUGCCACACUCACAAGCAGACACACACACACACACAUACACCGGACGAAUAACGCUUAGAAAUCAAAAGCAGUUAAAAAAAAUUUUGCGAACGGAUACUGAACGAACGACGACCGACGGGAGAGGAGGGGAAUCGUACGAAAUAUGGAUCUAAACGUUGCUGUUCCACCAGCCAACGAGCUGUUUGACGACAACGACAUGGUCUUUCCAAUCCUAAUGGGUCGAGAAAAUCUCAAAAUUCUUGCAUCACCAGGCAGUGAAUCGAGUGGUGUUAGUUCGCUGGACGCCGAAGAGGCAAAGAAAUUGGCUAAUGAGCAGCUACCGACAAGCAGCAGUCCGACAAUGGCAUCUGAGCCAAGUUCAGCAGUACAAACGGAGAGUGAAUCGAGCGAUGGCGGCAGCGAUGGUGAUGAUGACAAGCCAAUCGAACAAAGUUCAAGCGAAAGCGUACAAUCAACCGAUGAAAGUGAGCAACAGUCAAACACAUCGGACGAUGAAGACAAAGACGAUGUGAGCGUGUGCAAAGAACAUAGCGACGAAAAUGCGGCAGAAAGUGACGAUCAUGACAACGAACUAGUCUCAAAUGCAGUUGCUCAAGAUGACGAUGACAAAGCAUCACAACAGAUUGAUUUGGAUGAGAUUCGAUACAAAAAUCUCAAGAUUUUCUACGAAGGACGUGACAUUCUGGAUUUCACCGCGAAUGUGGCAAACAAAUCAUGGAAUGUUAAAUAUGCACACUUGCCGGAGCAAAACUAUCAAAUGUACAUUCAAAAUCGAUCUCAAUACAAUCGUUUGGCUCCGGGCUACGAGAGUCCCGAACACUAUGCAUUGAAUGCAUGUGGCAGAUGUGCUUUCAAUUUCCCAGUUAUGGUUGAUAUUCCAGAUGAAGCUGACCAAACCGCAACCAAUGCAUGCAAAUCAAGUGUCAACGAUUUAUUGACACAAACAGUUGCAUCGAUCGUUAGUGCAUUGGCACAGAAAUUGCCGGCCGCUCAACCGAUGGCACAGCCAUCGAUGCACACACCAACUGGCCAAUCAAUGAACAACUUGAACAAUUUCAUGUUGAACAACAAUGCCACCCAAUCAUCGGCCCAAUCAUACGCAUAUCAAAAUCGCAAUCAAUUUGCAAACAACGCCAAUGCUAUCGCAGCUGCUGCGGCUGCCGCCGCCGCCAACAAUCACAGCUCCUUCAAGCCAAACAACAACAACAACAGCAACAACAACGCAUUUUACGGAAACAACAUGGUGCUCAACGCAUUGGUCAAUCAAAUUGGUAACAACAUAAACAACUCAUCGGCUUUCAACUCAAACUUCAUUAACGCGAUCAAUGGCACAAACAACACCAACAACACCAUCGCCAAUCAACUGAAUCAACUGAAUCAACUGAGCAACGCAGCACUGGCCAAUCUGAUGAAUCAAAAUCAACGACAACAACUCUACGGAAUGUGCCGUCAGAAUAUUAACAAAUCAGGAAUUAAUUUUAACGCAAAUAGUCAUAAACAAAUGCCCACGUACUCACAUUUCUAAAUUAGAAAAAUUGCAAUGCAUACAAACCUCAAAACAUUCACAUACACAUCCCUCAAGAUUUAUACAUAAAAUAAUAUAUCUCAAAAGAAAAAAAAAGCAAAAAAUGAAGAAAAGAAGCCAAGCGAACUCAAGAUUUAGAAGAAAAGAAAAGAAAAAUUAAAUUUAAAAUGACACACACACACAGAACCACCCCCUAAGAAACAUUGACUCGGAGAACAUUUAUGAAUUAGAACGAGAGAACGAUACGGAUAUGGCGCCGAAACUCAAAAAUACAAACAAAAACCAAAACUGAGAGAGGAAAGACAAACGGCAUUCAUUUAAGUUCAUUUUCAUCAUUGAUUUCAUUCACAAAACCAAAAUGAAGAGCUAAUUCAAGUUCAUUUUGUUCUAUUUUUUUUUUAAUUUUAUUGUUGAACAUUUAUUUUGUUUUUAGUACGCGUUUUUUUUUAAAAACCCAAUUUCUUUAAAUAAUUGUUGGUGUCACUCAAACGAAAGGGCAGAGUUAAGUUUGAAAGGGAAUUUUUUUCUGCGGUUUUUUUUCUUCUGUACAUGAUUUGCAUCGAACACAUUUUCUCUCAUAUUGAGUGUACAAUUUGCGCGUUCAUCACGACCCAAUCUCAGCUCCAAUUGAUGACUCUAAUCAAGGAAACAAAAUACAAGUUGAAUAGAAAGACAAAGAAAAAACCAUCGAACGCAUUUUGUUUCAUACGAUCGCAUGUAUUUUGUAGUUUUUACAUUUCGUUUUCAUUAGGGAGCCAAAGUAUUGUGUGUAUGAGAUGGUCAGUUUCAUACAUGCCAAAGCCAUUCUUCUCUCUUUCUCUGUCUGUACAAUUCGUUCUAUUUUUUCUGCCUUUUUUCACUACAUAUUUUUCAUUAUCCAUUUUUUUUUGUUUCUCUCUUCGAUGUUAAUACUUUGUUCGUUUGUACAAGGUUACCUAAUGCUCCCAGACAUGAAUUGAGGCUGAAAAAAGACAUAAUAAGCCAUAGAAAUUAACAACAACAAUCAAAAGAAAACAAAACAAAAACUGUACGCAAAUCAUGAACGAAAAGUAGAAAUACCGUGACAAAGACAUUUAUUUGUAAUUGUCUCUAAAAAAAAAACAGAGAAUAUUCAACACAUACGAGAAAACGAAAGAAAAAAAAACCAACAAAGAUCCAAGAUUUACUCUUAUUAAUCAACUAUUUACAAAAUAACAACAAAUUCUAUUAUUAUUCAAUGUAACUUAUAUAUAAUAUAUUUUUUAAAAAGAAGAAAAAAGCAAAAACUGAAGAUGGAACAUGUGUAUAUACAGAGCCUGAUGAUCCGUCACCUGUAUCGAGUGUGUCAUUCAAUCCUAUCUCUUACUCUCUCUCUCUCUCUCUCUCUCUCUCUCACCCAUCUCUCUCUCUUUCUCUCUGUGUGUCUUUCUCGCUCGAUCACCCCUCUCUGUCAAUCUCUCGACAAAAUACAGAGACCAACACAUGAGCAGCGAGAGAGAUAUGAACAAUCUAGUUUUAGAGAAUGUGUAAAAAAUAGUGUUAAAACAAUAUAUUUAUUUGCAAUUGAUGAAGAAGAAAAAAACACAAAUAUUAAGAAAUGACAUCAAAUGAAACAGAAAGAAAAAACAACAUAAAAUAAAACCAUAUUUAAAUUUGGCCACCAAAUGCCCACUCAACAAUGCCAACAAUAGCAAUUCGUUCAACGACUUAUGGUUUCUCUUUUGCACGAUACUUAUACAUUAAAUGUAAAUAGGAAAGACACAGAUACGAAAAAUAACGACACUUUCUGAAUAUAGAUAUAUGGGUGGCAUAUGACAAUUGUGACAAUUCCAAAAAUUGAAUAAUUCUUUCUCAAUAUUCAUUUUUUUCGAUUAAAAUUGCGUAGAAAAUACGAUACAUGCAAUACAAAAGAUUUUUCUAAGAUAUACAUGGGCAAAAUUGACGAGUCCGCUUGCUUUUGAUUUGAAAGACGAAAAAGAAGAAGAUGAUGAAAGUAAAAUGAGGUGAAAAAACGAUAACAAUUUUGAAUUGAAUUUCUAUUGUUUUUCAUUGCAUUGUCAUCAUGAUCAGGAACAAUCAAUGCCUAUCUUCUUCGAUUGUUGCUGGUCACAAAAUCACAAAUACAAUGGCAUACAUAUAGGCCAAAGCCACAUACACACACACACAUAAGAUAUAUAUAUGCAUUAAUUAGCUAAUUUUUGUGUGUGUUUAGAUUUAGAUGAAAAAUCGCAAGAUUCAUCAUUAUUACCAAAAUUUAUUAUUAUUUAUGCGUUAAAAUGGAUUUCGUUAAUUUUAAGAGCCAAAUCAACAGCAGAAACAGUUAAAAUGACAGGCAAAUUUUCGUUUAGAGUUCAAUCACACACAGAAAAAUAUUCCAUGAUGAGCACAUUUACCAAAUUAUUGAGGGGAAAAAAUUAAGAAGAAAUUCAUUGGCUUUCAAUUAAUUCGACCUCAAUUAGGUCUUUUGGCAUUCAAUUUAUUGAAAUUGUAUCACACACAUUUUUCUCGGCACCUGUCGAUUCUCUUCCUCGAUGAAAAUUUUUUAACGAAAAAAAAAAAACCAAUAAUUUCUUCUUCGACACGAUUUUGUUUUCCUACUUCGUCCACAUACUGGGAAUGCGAUCUUAACAAAUUAAAUUUUAUCUGUUUUUUCGCUGUGCACUUUAAAAUAAAAAAAAAACACAAAAAUUUCUACGGAUUUUUAGGAGAAUGGAAUAGUGAAAAGUGAAAAUAGUUAUUUAUGUAUAGGCAAAUUUGAAAUCGACCAAAAUUCGGUAACGAUGAACCAAUUUCGUUGGAAAAAAAACACAACAAAAACGUACAACAAUUCGGAUACAAUAUUGAAAAAUGCAGCGCAAUCAAAAUCAAAGGAAUUUCAAUUAUCUCAUAUUUAGUUCAUUGAUUCGCUGACUGUAAUUCCGUGUUGCAUGAUUUUUUUUAGGCGACAUUAGCUUCGAUUUCCACCAGAUAUACACUGAUCUGAUGAAAUAGAAUUUUAUUAAUGGAAAAAUAGAAUUUUGCCUUUUUGAUUUUCGGGACAAUUGAAUAACGCGUAUUAAAAUUGUGAUGUUUUAAGCCUAAUGAAAUUAUUUAACUAUUCGCCGUUAUUUCAAGUAAUUAGAUUUUUUUUUUUUUUUGUUUUUGUUCGUUUUUAUUGAUGGAAUAAUUUUUUGUUCGUUCCUCCCCAACCAACACAUUCGAGUCUUCUGUUCAAUUGUCGCCAGUGUUUUGUUUUUUCGCUUAAUUAAUUCGAGUUUUCCUUUUUGUUGUGAUACAUUUAAACGCAUUUUAAGUGAGAUUCUUAAGAAAAAAAAAAUGAAUAAUAGCUAAUAAUUUUUGUUCUCGAAAAAAAAAGUAAAUGCCUGGGUUCAAACGAAUAUAUGUCCAAAAAGAUAAGAAGAAGAAGAAGAAGUAGGCAAUUAACCGAACCACAAUUAAUCGCCAGCAGAAAAUCAAAUUCUUAUGUGCAACAAAUGCAAGAACGAAUCAACACAAAUUCCUUUAUACAACACAAAAAGGAACCGUUCACACAUACACUCAAACAUUUGCGUUUUUUUAUGCGCCAGAAAUGAAAAAUGAUACUGAGUAUUUGUGGACAAACAACAAAUAUAUAACGUAAUUUAAUUAUUAAUUCAAACAGUAGCUAAUAGGAUUAUGCAUGUAGAUGAUUUGCUUGAAUUAAUUCUUACAAAAGAAGAAAAAAAAAUUUAAUGAAAUGCAAACAAUAAUAAUUUAUGUUAGGUGUAUAUGAACAUUUGAUAUCAUAAAAUGGUGUUGUGAGAUUGUUUUCAUGAUGAUCGAUUUUGGUGUAUGCACAGUUUUUGAGAUCCCGGAUGAAGUAGCUUCGAAGAUAUAAUCGUAUGAUCAGUGAUCGGAUCCAACCUAAUGAUAAUCACCCGAUCGUCUUAUACCACAAACCGCCUGUUUUACUUAAUCAUAAAACUAAAGAAGCAAACAAAAUUCAGACGAGGAUCCAAUAUGCUGAAUAAUCCAACUUGACAUCAAUUUGUAGUUUUGAUACCUGAACUAGUUAAAAAUGUGUAUUAGAAAAAAAAAAUCAAAGAGAUUUCAAAUCAACUACUGGAUUUUAAUCAAAUUAUAUCCAAAAAAAAAAUAAGAAAAUCUAUCCAGAAUUUAGCCAAAUUCUUUAACAAAAGAAAAAUCACACAGAGACAGACACAUAUAGAAAAAGCUCAGUAGCUUUUGUACGUAAUAAUUUUUGUUUUCUAUUUAAUGGAAUAAGGUGGAAAAAUUUCAGAGAGAUGAAAAAAAUGCCAAAUAUUUAAAUAGUUUCUACACUUCUCUAACCGUAUCUAAUCACAAUUGCCCACAGACAUUUCAUCCAAAUAGAUGUGAAAAUGAUCUUUUCGAUUAGGUUUUCAUACACGUUUCACUCAAAGCGGUCCAAUACAAAAUAUAAUUAUUUCGUGUUUUUUUCUUCGUUUUUUAACAACUAAAAAAAAACAAAUAUAUUUAUAAAAAAAAUCAAGGGGAGUGCUUUGUUUAAGGUGUGAUCGCUCAAUUGAUUCGUUGAUUUAUUUAUGCCUUUGUUGGUGAUGUGUAGAGAAUUUAUUUAUUUAUUUAAUUACAUUAAAUUAUUCACAUUAAUUUUUAAACAAAUCAAUUUGAGUAAUCGAUUCCAAGAUCAGUGCAACAAAAUAGGAAAUGAGUGACCGACAUCAACAAAAUGAAUAAAUCGAAUGGGGGCGAUUGAGUGAACACAUUUAUGGGAGUGCUCUGCAAUGGAAUUAUUGUAAUAGUUAUUAGAUCCAAGUACCUCUUUGCUCGACUACAAUUUAAACAAAUGAAACACGUUUUUUUGACUAGCCUUAUGACCUAAGUGAGUUGG